GCAGUAAGGAGUUUCCGGGUCCGUUUUGCAGCUCGUGGAAGAACUCGUGCAGUGUUUACAUCUGUUUACAAACUCGAACUGUAAAAGAACCGACCCGACCCGACAUGCUGAUCCGGCAGCUGGCCCAGAGGCUCCUGCUCCGACAGGUGGACCCCGGGAGUCGGCUCACGGUCCUGAGGGCUCUCAGCAUUGAACCUCAGCCCAAAUCAGAUAUAGCGGAGUUCCGCGAGGUUUUCUCCAAGGCCAAGCACAUCGCCAUCAUCACCGGGGCCGGGGUGAGCGCCGAGAGCGGCCUGCCCACCUUCAGAGCGGCUAGCGGACACUGGAGGAAGUGGAAGACGCAGGAUCUGGCAACCCCGCAGGCGUUCUCCCGUAACUCGUCGCGCGUCUGGGAGUUUUAUCAUUACUGGAGGGAGUUGGCGCUAAAGGCCAAACCCAGCCCGGUGCACCUGGCGAUUGCCGAGUGCGAGGCGCGUCUCAGGCAGCAGGGCCGCUCCGUGGUCGUCAUCACACAGAACACAGACGAGCUGCACCGCCGAGCUGGCAGCAAACAUGUCCUCGAGGUCCACGGGAGUGUGUUUAGGACGCGGUGUCUGAGCUGUGGAGACGUGGACGUGAAUCAUCACAGCCCCAUCUGUUACGCUCUGGAGGGAAAAGGUGAUCCGGAUCCACACUGCAGAGAUGCUGAUAUUCCUGUGGAAAAUUUGCCAAGGUGUGACGAGGGAGGCUGCGACGGUCUUCUGAGGCCUGACGUCAUCUGGUUCGGGGAGACGCUCGACUCGCACGUCCUCACCAAAGUGGAGAAGGAGCUGGACGCCUGUGACCUGUGCCUGCUGGUUGGUACCGCGUCAGUCGUCUUCCCCGCGGCCAUGUUUGCCCCCCAGGUGGCGUCCCGCGGCGUUCCAGUGGCAGAGUUCAACAUCCGGCCGCCACCCAGGCCGUUUCAAUUCACGUUUUAUUUCCAGGGCCCGUGCGCUGAGACCGUCCCCGUCGCCCUGGCACCUCAUGAGUCUGAACUGAUGUGAGACGACGCCUGACGACCUUUACUCUUCCACCUCCACCGGACCUCCAGCCUGGUCUGGUUUAGUUUCUGCUGCAGUGUAAACGAUCUCGAUAGGAUGCAGCGUGUGCACUUAUUGAUCUGAGUACUGAAGCGUGAAAACACAGCCGUGUUCCAGCACACAGGAACUCUUUUUUUUUUUUUUCCCUCUCUCUCUCUCUUUCCUCCAUCUUCCUGUCCAAGGAAUUUGCCUUUUAAUAAUACGGACAUGACCUUUGACUUGAAAUGUUCUCGGAUAGAAACAAAGACGCUGUUAACGUUUUUGUAGUUUACUCCACAGGAUCAUGAGAAUAAACAGAAAAACUAAACUUGAUGGUAAACAAAAUAAUAACGGUAAUAAUCACUCCAAAGAUGACAAACACUGUUUAUAUACGAUAACUCCAAAGUCAUUUUUCACAAAAAGUUACAAAAAAAGUUUUGAAAAAUGCUUUUUCUUUUCCUAUUUUGCUUUUGUCUAUAGAAAAUAUAAUUUUGCCACUUCUUCCCCCUUUUGUUUAAACUAUUCUUUCAGAAUAAAUCUUUUUUGAAACAACAAAACAA